AUGUUGCAAAAAAAGAUUGGCAAAAAAUUGUCUAAUUGGAACUGGACUGUGGUGGGGGAUAUUAACUUGAGAGUAAAGGAGGCUGAAAAGGAAGUGAAUGAUAUGGAGACUAGGCUUGAGAACAAUCUUGAUACUGAGAAGCAUUUAUUGUUGGCUAAUGAAAAGCUGAUGAAUGUUAUUUGUAUGUUGGAGGAAUUCUAUGCUCAAAAGGCUGUUAAGAUCAUAUUUUGUGAUAGGGAUAGAAACACAAAGUACUUUCAUGUUUGCAUCAACUAUAGGAGGAAAUGCAACACCAUUCAUAAGAUUAGAGAUCCCUCUGGGCACUGGAUUCAAUCUAAAGACUUAAUUGUAGCUAGUGCUAUUCAAUAUUUUCAAACUCUAUUCACUCAACCUCCAGUCACCAGACUUCCAAUUCAACAAGAUCUAUUUGAUCAUAGUUACACAAGAAACCUGGACUUGGCAUCUAUGCCUGGGGAAUUGGAAAUUUGGUCAGCUCUGAACUCAAUUGACAGCUCCAAAGUUGCAGGCCCAGAUGGAUUCUCAGCAGAUUUCUACAAGAAAGCUUUGAAGAUCAUUAAAGGGGAUAUUAUUGAGGCAUUACAAAGCUUUUUCAAAGGGAUGGAUUUGCCUAACUGA